GCAGCACCUGCCAAAGGGAGAGCCCUUCACGCUGUGCCUGCCCCACCCCUUCCUCUCUAUGGGGGAAGGGGGCUUUGAGACUGAGGUGCACCGGGUUACUGACUUUGCCACCGACAAUGGGAUUCUGCUGUGUCCAUGGAUAAAUCAGCACAUUAAGGAAGCAGACUAGAAACAGAGACAGAAAUUUCUCUGUGGAAAGAGACCUUGGGCAGAGUGGGACAGAAAUGUGGUGCUGGGCCAAGCCUGCAGCAAAAGGGUGACAACCUGGUUCUCACGUUGUGCCCUUGUCUCCAUCUGUGCCAUGGGAUUAGGCCUGAUCCUCUAACAGAGCCUGAAACAAAGUGGAAUCCCAGAAUGCUUUGCGAAUUCUCCCUUCGGAGAGCAUUGUGCAAUACGAAGCUGUCCCUUCUGGGGUCAGAGAGAAAUAUGUGGAAGCAUCUUUCUAGAAAGCUCUGGAAAAGGAGGUACCCAUAAGUCAUUAGAGGUGAAGCUGUUGUUUUAAGUGCUUGGCUAUGAGGACAGCCAGGAGCUAAGGCUGUCCGUAUCAUACCAGUUCUCAGAGCAGGGACCUGAGAUGGCACACCACCAACCACUAGGGGGUGUGACACCACAAACACACAUACAUGCACACACACGCACCCACGCACCCAUGCACCCACGCACCCAUGCACCUACGCACCCAUGCACCCACGCACCCAUGCAUGCGCCUCAGCCUCCUAAAGAGAGGCCCGCAGAGAGGAGAGAGCAUCGGUUAUGGAGCUAGCCAGGCUUGGGGAGAUCUCCCUACCUGCUCCAGGCACAGGAACCAUGACGUUUUUGAGGUACUGAGAAAAGAGCACGAUGAGGAAGAUGGUCCUGAAACAGAAACAGAUGGCCACACCCACUUUGUUCCUUCAAUCUCAGUCUCACCGGUGACUGGCCCUGCGCUGUGCAGUCAGCGACCCUCUGUGGCAUCAGGAACUGAGGUGAGUAGAGAUAAAUGUAAUUCAGUAGACACAGACACGAGGAUUCCAUCCCAUCCCAAGAGUGAAUUAAACCACCGAGCACUGAUCAAUGACAGCAGAGGUUAACACGACAGGGCUUUCUCUGUUAAUCAAUACUGUGGGAAACCUUGGCCAGCAGAAAGAGCUAAUAAUGUAGCACAGACAGAACUGGUUUUGUGGCUCAUUAUGCUGGGAUUCUUGAGGGCCAGGUUAGGGAAAUGGAAGUGACAGCCCCCACCCCUGGCAGCCAGAACUCAGCCCUGCGUUAUACAGUAGGACUUGUAGAAUUUCUGUGAAUGCCCAAGAAGGUUUAGAAAUGGUUUAGGAAAUGGUUUAGAUUGGGAUUUCUGCCUCAUAGUAUUUCUUUUUUCAAACAGCCUUUUCAGGAUAGAAAAGUCAUCCUUCAUCCAUGGCCAUAAAAGGACAGGCCAUAGAGGCUGGAGAGAUGGCUCAGUGGUUAGGGGGUACUUGCUGCUCUUAUCAAGGACCCAGAUUUAUUUCCUAGCACCUACAUGCUGGCUAACAACCACCUUUAACUCCAGUUCCAGAGGAUCUGAAGUCCUCUUCUGGCCUAUGAGGUCACUACAUGCAUGUGGUAUACAUACAUACAUACAUACACACACGAAGGGAAAACACUCAUACAUAUAAAAAUAAAACAGGUCAUAGGUGAGAUUUGGUCCAAGACCCACAGUUUUCUGACUCCUGAUAUAGGGCUCCCCACAUAUCACAAAAACAAUGCAUUGAAGAAAAUAUGAAUGUCACUUGCACGCUGCCUCCUGGAAGACUCAGGAGUGGUGUCAAGACCUAUCUGUCCUCCAUUCCCAUGGUCUCCAUCCAAGCAGCUCCACAUCCUGCUGUCACCAUGUUUUGUUUUCUGUUUCUUACUGGAAUGUUUUUCUCUCUCCCUCCCAACACACACACACACACACACACACACUCUCUCUCUCUCUCUCUCUCUCUCUCACACACACACACACACACACUCUCACACACACUCACAUACACACACACUCACAUACACACACACUCACACAUACACACACAUACACACACACUCUCACAUACACACACACUCACACAUACACACACACAUACACACAGUCUCACAAACAACACACUAUCACAUAUACACACACUCUCACAUACACACACACUCACACAUACACACACACAUACACACAGUCUCACAAACAACACACUAUCACAUAUACACACACUCUCACAUACACACACACACACUCACACAUACACACACACAUACACACACUCUCACAAACAACACACUAUCACAUAUACACACACUCUCACAUACACACACACUAUCACAUAUACACACACACUCACAUACACACACACUCACAUACACACACACUCACACUCACACAUACACUCACAUACACACACACACUCACACUCACACACACUCUCACAUACACACUCUCACAUACACACACUCACACUCACACACACAUACACACAUACACACACUCUCACAUACACACACACUCUCACAUACACACACACUCACACACAUACACACAUACACACACACUCUCACAUACACAAACACACACACUCUCACAUACACACACACACUCUCACAUACACACACACACUCUCACUACACACACACACUCACACACACACACUCUCACAUACACACACACUCUCACAUACACACACUCACACACUCUCACAUACACACACAUACACACACUCACACACACACAUACACACACUCUCACAUACACACACGCACACACUCACACACACACUCUCACAUACACACACACUCUCACAUACACACACUCACACACACAUACACACACACUCACACACACACUCUCACAUAUACACACACACACUCUCUCACACACACACACACACACACACACACACACUGGGAUGCCAGCUUCUUGAGUGGAUUAAGUUGGAUUAAGUAAACCGUCUCUGGAAUAGGGAGCUGGAUAAUGAAUGGUGAGCAAGUGCCUCAGCUCCCGCAGCCAGCUCUCCCAUUACCUCUCGGAUCCUCUUCUGCCACUCCUCGGUGAAUUCAGGAGAGCUGGUGUUCACCAGGCUGGCAUUGAGAGUCCACUCUGGGCAUUUCCAGGCAGGAAGAGAGAGCAUGGCCAGAGAGGGAGCCACGAAGGCGAAGGUCCCUCCUUGAAGAAUGGGCAGCCUGAAGGAGGGAGGGCAAAGAUGUGGUUACCACCAAGAUCCUCCCACACUGGCCUGUCCCAGGCCCCAAGGUGCUUUGAAGCCCAAUCCCUAGCUCAGUGACAACACAUGGCAUGCUCCUUCAGUUGCAGAGAACUCCUGCUGAGUUCCAAGGCAAGGCCACGAAGCCUGAGUGACUCUGGACGGUUAGCAGCAGUGGUCAGGGGAAAGACAUCCAGACCCGGAUGCCGUGCCGGGAGGAGGGAGUCAGGCACUGUGUAAAGGCAGCAUGAACUGGGAGAAUACAGCAGGUACCGUCCUCCACCCAGAGCAUCUCCUGACCCCAGCACAAUUCACACGAUGCAGUUCUCCAUCUCAUGUCCCCAGCAAGCCACCUCCACACCGUUGAGAGCUGCGCAGCCUCCAAUCUGAGUUGCCCCUUGGUGCUCCUAGGAACCAAGGUCAAUCCCGGGCUUCUUCUCUCAGGUUCCUUACUACAGCAGGCUCGAGGGCCUCUCAUGUGUGUCACCUCCAAGCGACCCUCUGACUCCUGGGGCACUCCUUCCUCCAGCCUCUGGGACAACUAGCAGAGCUUACCCAGACUGCACAGAAGCCCAUGCAGUAAGUAAGCAGCCUCCAACAACUUGUCGGAUAGCAGCCCAGGUUCACCUACCUCAUCACCAUCUCUGGACAAUAGAAUUUGGGUGAAUAGAGGACUCCGCCAUCUUGAAUACAGCUGUCACCUUAACCAACUGAAUCUAAGCACUUGUGGGUGUGGGGUAUAGGUGUGGGGGUGCAUAGGUACAUGUCUUCAUAUAUGGUGGCCAGAUAUGUGGUGGCCACAUCCUGAAUGUGUGUCCGUAGGCCCUAUCUACAUCAUUAUGUUUUAACCACUUGUCUCUGUCUCCUCAUCCCCGGCCAUUACCAUAGCCAUUUUUUGUUUGAUUGUUUCGUCGGAUGGGUUGUCUGUUGUUGAUGUUUUAUUGUUGUUUUUGUGGGUUCUGGAAAUCAGUUCUGCAUCCUUGCAAAGCAAACAAACUCACUAUUCAUCUUUGAGCUCAGGUAAGGCCAACAUAUUUGGAUCACAGGGUGCAGAGAGGGUUGGAACAUACACCUGGAAUUGUGUUAAUAUACAUACAUGAAUGUAGGCGUGUAACUGUCUUCCUUUUAGGACCCCAAAGCUAAUGCCCCUGAGCUAGCGCCAUGGGGACAGAAAGGAGGAAGCGUAUAUUGUUGUAUGGAAGGUAAACACAGAACACAUCACACAAGACACAGAGCUCCCAGUUCACCAUUCAGCCAUAAUCCCACACAUCUGAUUCAUUCAUCAAAUGCUCGCCGAGGGCUUGCCCAGUGGCAGGCAUGAGGUGCAGGGGUCAGAGCGAGGAUGGAGAGGUAACACCCACUUGCACAGUCCUCACCCUUAUCCACGGUUUUCUUCUCCAUGGUUUCAGUUCCAUGAAGUCAAAUGUACUCUGACAACAUUAGUAUUUAUCUCAAGUCUUUAAAGGGAGAUCAUUAUCAUGAUAAGGUAUCAUAAUUGUUUUCAUAGUCAUAUUUUAUUCCUGGCCAUUGAAUUAAUCACCUACCUGCCUAUUCAUAGAUCAAGCUCUAUCGCUGGUGCAUAUGCACAGAACACAGCUUUACAGAGCUCAGCAUUAAGGUGCGAUUCCAAGUGGCCAUUGGGGUUUUGUAACUCUGCCUUCAGACAAAGAGGACCCAGCUCCACUCUUGGUGCCAUUUCUCUGGCAGAGCUACUCAUGCAGCCCUGGCCCCAUAGAGUGACAGUUCCUGAGAACUUGCCCUCUCUGGUCAUUAUACUCUGAUUAUAUUUGCAAACAACCCACCAUGGGAGUGAGUCCCUGAGUCCCAGUCGUUUCCUUGUCAUGGUGCCCAGGAGGGCAGGAAUUCAUCCAGCCCUGAAACUGCCACACCAAGAGCUUGCAGAGAGUUUUUUUAAAAAAUCAUUUGGGUUUCUUCUCUUUUUGUAGGUAUGUAAUAAAGCUUUUUACAAAUAUCCAUUGGUAUUUCAUUAGGCCAUCGAAGACGUGCAUUUGUUCGUGUGCUUUUAUGACCAUCUUUACUAUCUAUAAACACUGCAGAAUUUUGAUAUUGACAAAAUCCAGUUCUAGCAAUUCUUGCUUAA